UUAACGAAGAAUAGAAAUAAACAAACGAGAAAAACUGCGCAUGCGCCUGGUCUUCAGUUGCGGAUAGACUUUUUCUUGUAGUCGCGAAAUCCAGAUAAAUAAUAAUAAAAUACAUAUGUGGUUUCCGUGACAAAUGAUGCAAGAGGAUGUGCCUCAAAAAUGUAGAUGUGUUCUGGUUGCCUUGGACUUAAGAAAUUGGUGCGAUCCAAGAUGUAUUUCAUGCACCACUCCCGUUACCAUUCUGGUGGACAACACUGCUUUUUGUCCCCCACCAUUCAUUUGAAAGUUCUUUCUCCAUCAGGAUGAAGAAGAACAUCCAGCACAUUUUUGUGCCCAUCUUUUUUCUGAUGUGUUUGUCCUUAGUUAUUCCUGCCCUUGAUCCUGAUUUAAAUCCAUCUAAUUUGAGCUGUGAUAGAGAACGCAAAGUUUUGACAGAUGAUUAUGGAACAGUUUCAAGCGGAAACAAAGAAUACCCUAUGGAUUCUCAUUGUGAAUGGCUUAUUAGAGCUGAUGAUGAAAGGUCAUAUAUUACUCUCACCUUUACGAAAAUGGAUACUGAAUGCUCAUAUGACCAUGUAUAUAUUUAUGAUGGAAAUUCUUACGCAAGUCCACUUUUGGGGAGUUUCAGUGGCAAUACUACACCACCAAUGGUCACUACUACUCAAGGGACUAUGCUGAUAUUACUUUAUAGUGAUACAAACUAUGUGAGAAAUGGCUUUGAGGCAGUUUAUGUAGUCACUGAUUGUCCAUUGAAUUGCAGCAAUAGAGGAAUGUGCCAAAAUCAUCGCUGCAUUUGUGACACCCUGUGGUCUGGAGAUGCUUGUGAUAUCAGCUUAUGUCCUAUGGACUGUGGCCUGGAAGAAAACAGGGGUGCAUGUGACAUGAAUGGUUCCUACCCUCCAAGAUGCAAUUGCAGACCUGGAUUCUCUGGAAUGGAUUGUAGUCUUCCGGAUUCCAACAAAAGUUUUGGAAACACUUGGCAUUUGAUAUCUUCCAGUGGUAUCGAUGCCAGAGCCGGUCACAGUGGCACAUAUGUACAACAUACUGAUAGCUACUAUGUGUUUGGUGGUUUUACAUUUAAAGAAGUAUUAGGAGACACUCUUGUUUACUCAUUCAGGACCAACAGGUGGACAAACAUAACAUCAAAGCAAUCCCCCAGUGCACGGCAUGGUCAUACUGCUGUGUGUUAUCUUGAUAACAUCAUCAUUUUUGGAGGUGAAAUGGCAAACGGCACCCUCUCAAAUGAACUUUGGUUUUUUAAUACGUCAAGUUUGCAGUGGAAUCUCAUCACUUCUAAAAAUCACAUAGUGCCACCUCCCAUUACAAAACAUUCAAUGACACUAGUAGAUUUCUACUGGUUAUAUGUCAUUGGAGGAAGUGUAUAUGAUGGCACUUUUUCAUCCAAAAUGUAUAGAAUCAACAUCAGAGACAUGAAUGGUUGGGAAAUGGUGGACACAAAUGGUGGUAAAGAAAGUAAUUACAGGCUAGUUGGGCACAGUGCAGUAUAUCAUCAACAAACAAAAACCAUUUUCGCAUUUGGAGGUAUCACCGCUGAGUAUUCUCAUGUAAGCAAAUUAUCCAACCAAAUUCAUGCUUUUCAUACAGAAACCAAAUAUUGGAUUCAAGUUAAAUAUGAAAGGACUCAUUUUACUCCUCUUGAAAGAGCUUUCCACUCUGCAGCCAUUGUUGGUGAUUACAUGAUUAUCUAUGGAGGAUAUACUCAUAAGCAUGUUGAAGAAGAAAUAUGCUAUGAUAAUGAAUUUCAUCUGUAUCAUUUGAAGUGUCAUAAGUGGAUUGAUUUUUCUAGUCUAAGGAAAGAUUUUGAAGGACCCAGCAAUCCCAUUAAACAAGGAGUAUUUUCUCAUUCUAUGGAUGUAAGACGAGGUCAUACAUUAGUGAUAUUUGGUGGUUACAGUGGACUGAUGCGUUCUCAUCUGUUGGCAUAUGUCCUACCAACAGCUGUUUUAAAUGAGCAAUUACUUGUGAAUUCCUGUUCAAAACAUUUGCUGAUGGAGAGCUGUUUAGCUAAUUUGGCCUGUGGUUGGUGCUUCACAUCUAAUGCUUGCAUUGAAAGGAAGAUGCACAAGACAUGCAGUGAGUUCUCAGCUGAUUUUUGUCCCGGGUUUUGUUCUGCCUUAAGUGAUUGUCCAUCUUGCUUGAUAUGGGGUCAGUCUUUCAUUGAAAAUGUCAUAACUGAUAAACAGGAUCCAUUUCCAGUUAUUUCCUGUUCCUGGUGUGUGCCUGAUAUGAAAUGUCAUUCUAUAGAAGACACAAUGACCAGCUGUUCAUCCAAUUCAAGCUCUGGUGGACCUGCUACAAAUAGCUGGUGGGGCUCUGUAGGAUAUGAUGCAUCUAUUCUGGAAGAAUGCUACACUAAAGAUUCGCCUCCUGGUCUUGUGUCUGUUAAAUACCGUCAUCCUGUUAAUUUAUCUCAACCUGAUGAUGUGGUUUAUUUACAUCAAGCCUCUGAAGAAGUACUUUUCCGUUCAGAAAUCCAAAGAUAUGAUGCCAAUGGAAUGGAAGAAAACAUAGUUAAAUUUUUAGGUUUUCUUCACCCUUUAAAUGCAAGGCCCCUUUCAGAGAGGAUGUCCCAACUGCGUCUCACAAUUUGUUCUGCUGGCUCUAAUGCUGUGUUGAAAUUGAGCAAUGAUUCUACUCAAAAUAAUCUGGAAGUGGUAGCAAGUCAUAGCCCAAGACCUUCUUUUUACUGUUCUGAUGUUCACAGAGCAAGAGGUGUUCCUCUCUUUUCAGAUCCAUCUGAAGGCCAUAAAUACUUGUUUGACUUCACAGUCAGAAUACCAGCCUACUUAAAUGAAACAUCUGUAGUACAGCUAAAGUGGACAGCUUUCUCAGUAGAAUUUGAAGUUAUUGAUCAUAAACAUUUAGAAUUGUACAAAAAUGGAACUUGUUAUAAACAUAGCAGUUGCUUGUCCUGUUUGACAGAUACUUUAUGUGGCUGGUGUGAAAGCAAUCAGCAAUGUUAUCCCAAAAGUCAUGUUGUGCAUCAAGUGUUGUGUCAAAAAAAUGGCAAACCUAGUUUCCUAGUUAUUCAUCCUGAUAACUGUUCUGUGUGCUCAGAUUAUAUAUACUGUGAGCAUUGUACACAGAUGUCAUCUUGUGAAUGGGUUGUAGAAGCCGCAAUAUGUGUCCGUAGAGGGCGCUUCAGAUUAUCUGUGCAAGAUCCUCAAUCAUGUCCUGUUCCUUGUCCUUUGCGCCCAAACUGUUUGUCUUGUCUUAAUGAUCCAGGAAUGUGUGCGUGGUGUGAAGAAACCCAAACAUGCUUCCUCUUUUCUACUUAUACAUCAUCUUAUUCAUAUGGGAGAUGCAGAGAUUGGGUUGAUGAAAAUCGUGCUGGAGUUGGGAUUGGGCUUUGCCGUAAUUGCUCCAAACAUUCACAAUGCUCUACUUGUAUAAAGGAUCUAACUUGUGGCUGGUGCAGUUCAUCAAGUUAUCCAGGAAAUGGCAUUUGUACUGAUGGAGAUUUCUCUGGACCUUUUUCAGGGUCUUGUUCUUAUCAUCUAAAAAACUCCAGUGUUCAAGAAAAUUUACAGUGGUCUUAUGGACAGUGUCCAGACUUGGAAGAAUGUUUAUGGGACUUGCAUGAUUGUGAUGAAAAUGCUACGUGUCAUAACACUCCCGAAUCUUAUACAUGUGAAUGCAAUGUUGGAUUUGAAGGCGAUGGUAGAACAUGUACUAGAGCCUGUGCUGUGAAGUGUGUGAAUGGGUAUUGUUCCAAUGCUCCCUAUUAUGUUUGCAUAUGUGACCUUGGUUGGACAGGAGAAGAUUGCAGCAUUAAUUGUGGUUGCAACAAUCAUAGCACCUGCACCAAAGAAGUUGGAAUUUGUGAUGAAUGCCAAGAUUGGACUGAAGGAAAUUUUUGUGAAAAAUGCAGCCCUGGAAGCUAUGGAGAUGCAAAAACAUCAAUUGGUUGCCAAAAAUGCAAUUGUAAUGGUCAUGGAGAUAAUCGUUUUGGAUACUGUAAUACUACAAGUGGUAUUUGCUUUUGCUUAAACAACACUGUUGGGCCUGAUUGCUCUGUCUGCAAAGAAGGCUAUUAUGGAAAUCCUCAGAAUAACGGAAAGUGUUUUGAGGAAUGCCAUCCUCGUAAAGUAAUAACAAAUGCUGUUGAGGGUAGAUUCGGUAGCCCAGCCAUGUCAUCAGAAUCAGAAGAUUGUCUCUGGUUACUUACCGUGCAUUCUGUAUUAGACAUGCAGUCACUUCUUGGUCCUAUGCAAAGUACUGGAACUUAUUUGCAAGUAAAAAUUCACAAAGAUAUCAAUAUUCCAUGUCCACACAAUCACAUCUAUAUUUAUGAUGGCUUACCUAAUUUUGUUGCUUCAGACCAUCCGAACACCUUAUUGGGUUCUUUCUGUGGUACAAAUCUCUCUCACCCAAUAGUGGCUACUGCUGCUUCAGGUUAUUUAACUAUUCAUUUUAAAAGAGGUGCAUUGGCUCAUGGAUUUAAUGCUUCCUAUACAAGAUUACCUCACCUCCCCAAUUGUUGUGAUGAUACAAAUGCCGAUAACAACUGCACAACUUGCUCUAAUCAGCGGUGUCCGAAUAACUGUUCAAAUUCAUUGAAUCAAGGACAAUGCAUAAUACAAUAUGGUAUCUGUGUAUGCAACAAAGGAUAUGCUGGUGAGGACUGCUCACUUAAACUCUCCUAUCACACCUUAGCUUGGAAGACUCUUUUUAACCUUCAAAAAGCAUCACCUAACAAUAUGUCAAUACCUCCAAGUAGAGUUGGAUCUUCUCUGCUGACUUACAAUGUUGAUCACAAUGAGCACCUUCUUCUUUUUGGUGGUUAUUCUUCGGCUGCUGGCUACUUAAACGACUUAUUUUUGUACAACACUACCAGUCAUCUUUGGAUCAAAAUUUUAACUGACUAUGCUCCUCCAAAUCGUCAUUUCCAUGCAGCUGCUUCUUUAAAUCAGUCAUUAUAUGUUUACGGAGGUCUCGGUGAAAAAACUGUUCUUGGAGAUUUCUGGGUGUUUACAUCUGAACAUGUAUGGGUGCAACUGCCAGAAGUGACGACAUCAUCUGCAGUGCUAUCAAUGGCAGGAUCAACUUUAACACCUGUGACGGACAAUCGACUUGUAUUAUUUGGAGGCUUUUCACCAUCGCAUGGCUUCUUUGAAAGAGUUAUAGAAUUUGAUACUGAAAAUCGACAAUGGCUUGUCAUUAAUAGUACGGGUGCUAAACCCAUCGGUUUAUAUGGUCAUAGCAGUGUAUACCAUUCUGAUACUGAAAGUAUCUAUAUAUUUGGUGGUAUUUCCUAUGACCUUGAACAUGUUGCUCCUUGUAAUUACCUCUAUGCAUUCCACUAUCCAUCAAGUCAGUGGUUCCGCCUACCUCCUGACAACAAAGUGAAUAAACUACAGACUAGGCCUUUGCCAAGGUAUUUUCACACCUUGGUUGUUAGAGAAAAUUACUUAAUCAUUUUGGGAGGCCGAGGAAAUUCUAACAGUGUCGAGGAAGCUGCUCAACCAUUUGCCUACGUAUUUUCUUGUAAUCUGUGGAUUCCAUUGACGGAUGAGGCCAUUGAAGUAGUUGGAAAGUGGCCAGAGCCUUUGAUUGGUGCCUCAGCUACUGUGGCUAAUGACGAUGUUUACUUUUAUGGUGGAACUAAUGGGAAACUCUACAAAUUAUCUUUUCCCUCUGAUAUAUGUUUAUUAUUUUCUUCAAGUCGUGUUGGCUGUAUGCAACAAACUGGUUGUGCUUUCUGUUCUCUAACAGAAAAUGGGAUAAAUCAAACACUUUGCUUCUCCCAGGAUAAACACUCUCAAAGCAAAUGUUAUAACCCUAAAGAAGCCUCAAAAUUCAUUCCAUCAGUGACUUGCAACACAGAAUGGUUGGAAAAGCGUAGUUGCCACCAAUACACUUCUUGCUCUGACUGUGUUGCAUCUUGGCCUUCUUUUAAAAGAGCUAGACAAGUUUGUCAGUGGUGUUCGAAUUGCCGAACAGGGCGAUGUGUUGCCUCUGGCUCAUCUUGUGAAGAUGACACAGAUUGCAACAUACCCAGAAAAGUUGUCACUCAUCCUAAUAUGUGCCCCUUGAGAGUUUGUGGUGCUUCUGAUUGUGAGAAAUGUGGUGAUCUCAAAAUGUGCAUUUGGACACGUCAAGUUCAUAGAUCUAGUGGUUUUGGUCUUACUUUGAAUAAAAUGCCCAUCUACAACUGGGUAUGUGUAAUGAAGGAAAUCCAGUCUGCUCCUUCUUUUCCAAUAGAAUCCAUGCCACCAUUAGAAUGCCCUGCAAGCUGCUUUCAUUAUUCUGAUUGUACAUCUUGUUUACGCAGUCAAGGAGGUGAGGGAGGUUGGCAUCAAUGUGUCUGGAGUGAAGAUCUGCAAAGUUGUAUGUCUCCAAGUUUUGAAUUAUUGGCUUGUGAAGAUGGCACUUGUGGACUAGUUGUUAGUGGCAAUGAAUCUUCUUGUCCUUUGCCUUGUUGGGAGCACUUUCAAGCAUCCCAUUGUCUGGCUCAAGCUAACUGUGGUUGGUGUGCAUUUUCUGGUCCAAAAGUAGAUGGCAGAGGACUUUGCAUGGAUGGAGGUAUUAUGGGGGCCACUGGAGGCAUAUGUCGAGAAAAUCAAGUUCUCCUCUUGGGUGUGCCCAUGCCAAUGAAAACUCUGAAGUGGUUCCAGUUGUCUGAAGGACCACCUACUUGGACCUACCUGGUCAAACCACCAGAAAAUGAAUGUGAAAAUGGACACCACAACUGUGACAAUGCUCAUGAAGAAUGUGUUGAUACACUAGAAGGUUUCGAAUGCCAUUGUAAGCCUGGAUACAAAAUGCAAGGAAAAAAAUGUAUUCCAAUCUGUAAGCAAGGAUGUGUCAAUGGCACUUGUGUUCAACCUGAUGAAUGCAAGUGCAAUUUUGGUUUUGUUGGUAAUAAUUGUUCAAUUAUGUGCAAAUGCAAUGGUCAUAGUGAUUGUCCCUCACCUGAAGAGCUAGAUAUAUGCUUAGAAUGCAAAAAUAACACAUUUGGUAAACAAUGCCAAAAGUGCAAACCACUUUAUGUAGGAAAUCCAAUUAAUGGAGGACAAUGUGUUUCUUGUUAUCAAUACUGUAAUACACAUAGUGGAUUAUGUUUCAGUUCUGACUUGUCAAAUAUUACUGCUAGUCUUAUUUCUAAUCAAAGCUAUAUUGAUGAUUUAGUAGAAAAACUUGUUGAAGGUCCUAUUGAUAAUGCAUUUUGUAUAGAUUGUAGAAAUAAUACUCAAGGGAAAAGGUGCAAUGACUGUAUUCCUGGUUAUUUCAAAGCCGGAGAACAUGUUGAAGAUGGCUGCCGUCCGUGUGAAUGUCAUGGCCAUGGGGAUAUGUGCAAUCCAGUGAAUGGAGAAAAUUGCAACUGCCAAAAUAACACAGAAAAUGAUAGACAGUGCUCGCAAAAGAACAUAAAAAAUAUGCUGCAUAUGACACCUUGUUGGCAGCUUCAAUGUUCCAAGUGCAAGGAGUAUUUCUUAGGCUCACCUGCAAAUAGUCAUCAGUGUUAUAGGCAUAUGUAUUUAGACAAAGAAUACUGUUUUGAUCCUUCAACUCAAGGAGAUUGCAACAGAAUUCCAAAUCCUCUACAUUAUGGCCAGACAGUCUUUUUUGCUGUACAGCCGAGGUACAUGAACGUUGACAUCAGGAUUGUGGUGGAUGUUACAAGUGGAGGUGUUGAUUUCUUCCUUUCUGCAAAAGAAGAUGCAUUUAUUGUAGAGGUCGAAAAGCCUUCCGGAUUACAUCAAAUAUACAUCGAUGGUAAAUAUGGAAUGUACGAACGCGAUAUGAGCCAAUAUGAGACAGCAUCUGAGUUCUCAGUAGCUAUGCAGCGGAAAAAACGUGAGGAAGCAGACAGUGAUUCUGGGGUAUACAGCAAUAUCACUGAAUCAUCCCCCACCCAAACACUUCAUCCAAAAAUCGGUGAUGCAGAGGGAUUAACGACCUACAUUGACGUUAAAAAGUGCGAAGACUUUUUGUAUAUUAGGAAUCUAGAAAACAGGCUUAUUGUCACCAUACCUCAAGAAGUUCAUGAUUUACGCACCACAAGAUUUUACAUGAUACUGCGCGGUGCAAAGCGAGAAACCUUUGGUAGUUUAUUUUUCAGACAAGACCAAACAAGAAUCGAUCUCUUUGUGUUUUUCUCUGUCUUUUUCUCUUGUUUCUUCCUGUUCCUCGCUGGCUGUGUGGUAUGUUGGAAAAUAAAACAAGCCUUUGAUGUCCGUCGUGCAAGGCGCCUUCAUGCUGCAGAAAUGAAACACAUGGCAAGCCGUCCAUUUGGGCAUAUAUUGACCAUCAUAGAUGAUGAGCCUGAUGAUUCGUCAGAGUUCUUCCUCUGCUCACCUAGUAAUUAUCGGAAGAAAUUAAAGUAUAUUAAAGCACAUGGUAGAGAUUCUCCAAAGCUUGUAGAUGAAAAACUUUGUUUAAGGCCAUUAGCAGUUGAACCAUUAUCAGAUGGUUAUGGUGCAAUAACAACGAUACUUGUACAACUUCCAGGUGGAGCUCAAUCAGUUGUUCGAAUGACUUUAGCCUCGAGUCUCAUUACCUCUCGUAGCUCUCAUUAUCAUCUGGGCUGUGGCCUGAGAGCUGCUAUGAGACGAAGAACUAGCCAUGCCAAUGUAUGAUUAAAUAUUCACUGAUUGAUUCGUGCAUUAUGUACUUGCCAUGCAUUUGUGUGAAUGUGUCUUCAUUACUUACUCCUUUCAUUAUAUAGUAGCAAUUUGAUAGUGUGAAUGAAUCAUCAUCAAAUAUAUCUCUCCGCAUUAUGUAAAAUACGUUCUAAUGUCAUAUGAGUGUAUAUAAUAUUUGUAAUUAAUGUUUUGUUUGUAAAAUAAAAUAUAUUGUUAAAUUA